UCUCUCCCUCUCUCUUUCGCCCUAAGAGCAUGUACACGGUCUCUGUCGUCUCAGUAUUUCAGCUGCUGCAGCACAGAUUGCACCAGCACUGUCGGACUCCAUGGCGAUGCCUGUCACGUAACCUCAACUUGUUGUUCCUGCUUUGCCUUUUCCUUGUCCAUCAUGCGAAGAGACCGUCUCCUCUUGGCCGCAUCCCUCAUCGUCAUAUUCUCCGCUGACAUCUACUUCAUUCUGCUGCCAAAGCUACGGAGCACCGGAGAAGGAUCGGGACGCUCGUGUUCAUGUCAGCCCAGCAACUUCAGUCAGCUCUCGGACUGGACUUUGACUCCGCUCCAGGAUAUUACUCUUUCACAACCGGACAAUGGCGGGUCCAAACUUGACAGGUUGUUUGCGCAUCCUUUGUAUAACACCCAGACUCCCGUGCUGGGACCUGAGGAGAGUCUGCUGCAUCUGGAGCAGCUGAUGGACUACUACAGAAAGAAGGUGUCCCGAUGGGAAAGACACAUGAAGUUAUACAAUGAAGCGGCGGCUGCCUCCAACAUCACUGUAAUGGAGCAUGAAGUGGCCUUUGACCCUGAUGCCAACUGGGUCAAGUUCCACCUGGGAAUAAGUCGCAAUGCUCUCUACUCCCGCCAGGACCCCGCGAUUACACAGCUGCUCUGGGACAUGCGAGACAUGACCGUGGUCAACGCAGAUUACACCCAGGAUGGCAAGUCUUUAAAAGGAGCAUGUGAUUGCAGCCAAGUGGUGAAGCCCAGUGGACACCACCUGAAACUAGCUCUAAAAAUGCAGAACUUUGCCAAGGCCAUGUUCAAGCCAAUGAGACAGCAGAGGGAGGACGAGACUCCAGAAGACGUCUUCUAUUUUGUCGAUGUCCAGAGACACAACGCGGAGAUUGCUGCCUUUCACCUGGACAGGAUUCUAGACUUCCGCAGAGUUCCACCGGUGGCUGGCAGGUGGUUGAACCUCACCGGAGAAGUGCUCCAAGUGACCCGAAAUGACGAACUACGAGCCGUUUUCUUCACCUCGCCCGCAAACAACACAUGUUUUUUUGCCAAAUGCCUGUACAUGUGUAAGACGGAAUAUGCAGUAUGCGGGACCCCCGACCUGCUGGAGGGCUCCCUGUCUGCCUACCUGCCAGGCCUCAGCAUUGCCCCCCGCAUCUCCAUCCCCAACCCCUGGAUACGCUCCUACUCCUUCACCAGACAGGAAGAAUGGGAGGUGAAUCCACUCUACUGUGACACCAUAAAGCAGCUCUACCCAUACAACUCGGGAAACCGCCUCCUCAACAUCAUCGACAUGUCCAUCUUUGACUUCCUGAUGGGCAACAUGGACCGGCACCACUAUGAAGUCUUCACCAAAUUUGGCGAUGAAGGUUUUCUUCUCCAUUUGGACAAUGCCAGAGGAUUUGGGAAGCACAGCCAAGAUGAGAUGUCUAUCCUGGCUCCACUGUCUCAGUGCUGCAUGAUAAAGCGUUCCACUCUAUUGAGGCUCCAGCUGCUGGCCCAGGCACAUUUCCGGCUGAGCGACGUGAUGAGGGAGUCUCUGCAAAAAGACCCUUUGCAGCCCAUCUUAACCGAAGCACACCUGUCAGCUCUGGACCGCAGGUUACACAAGCUCCUGAGGGUGGUCCAGCGCUGCGUCCGAAGGCUGGGCAAAGACCAAGUCAUCACCAACGACUUUAAACCUCGAGCCGAGGCUCUGAGCAAAAAGAGCAAGUAGCAGAGCGUGAAAGUCACUCUGCUUCUUUUAAGACUUCAUGUUGAAGUGCAGUCGUUUCGAUUUUAAUGGAACAAGCCAUGGAUAGGCUUUGACUCUCAUAAUAUAUGGGGAAUAAUAAUGUAGGACUCUGUAAUUGGAGAUCUAUAGAUAUAAAGGCUCGAGAAGGUCAAUGCUAGUCCACAAAUAUCCAUAGAUUGAUUAAUAACUGGUUGACUAACAUACUCUGUGAGACAGUGAUGCACUGGAUGGGCGUUUUUGCUUGUAAACAUUUGAACAUAGAUCAUUUUUGUUCAAGCGUUUUGAAGUCCUAAGUGGUUUGUGUGUCUGAACUGUGGCGGUCAUAGCUUUUGCAGCAAAAUAUUUUUUUAACAUGAUGAAUAGAAUGCCGUAUUUUACGGACUACAAGGCGCACUUAAAGGCCUACUGAAAUUAGAUUUUCUUAUUUAAACGGGGAUAGCAGGUCCAUUCUAUAUGUCAUACUUGAUCAUUUCGCGAUAUUGCCAUAUUUUUGCUGAAAGGAUUUAGUAGAGAACAUCGACAUAAAGUUAGCAACUUUUAGUCGCUAAUAAAAAAGCCUUGCCUGUACCGGAAGUAGAAGACGAUGUGCACGUGACGUCACGGGUUGUGGAGCUCCUCACAUCCUCACGUUGUUUACAAUCAUGGCCACCAGCAGCGAGAGCGAUUCGGACCGAGAAAGCGAAGGUUUCCCCAUUAAUUUGAACAAGGAUGAAAAAUUCGUGGAUGAGGAUGGUGAGGGUGAAGGACUAGAGAAAAACAAAAACAAAAACAAAAAGGCAAGGGCAGUGGGAGCGAUUCAGAUCUUAUUAGACACAUCUACUAGGGUAAUUUUGGAAAAUCCCUUAUCUGCUUAUUGUGUUACUAGUGUUUUAGUGAGAUUAUAUGGUACCCGAAAGUCAGAGGGGUGUGGCCACAGGUAUGGGGACCGCCAGUGUCUCCAGAGGGAGGAGGUAAGAGAGUCCGUAGCUGCAGGAGGAACGACGCAAGCUCCGCUUAUGUCUACGGUAAGAGCCGACUUAUUACCACAAUUUUCUCACCAAAACCUGCCGGUUGACAUGUGGUCGGAAACCAUGUUCGCUUGACCGCUCUGAUCCAUAGUAAAGCUUCACCUUCGGGAAUGUAAACAAUGAAACACCGGCUGUGUUUGUUGUUAAAGACAGCUGCAAUACACCACUUCCCACCUCCAUCUUUCUACUUUGUAGUCUUCAUUACUAAUUGAACAAAUUGGAAAAGAUUCAGCAACACAGAUGUCCAGAAUACUGUGUAAUUAUGCGAUUAAAGAAGACUACUUAUAGCUUGUAUCGGGCUGGUAGAACAUGUCCGCUACAACCGGUGACGUAACGCGCACGCGUCAUCAUUCCGCAACGUUUUCAACAGGAUACAUCGCGGGAAAUUUAAAAUUGCAAUUUAGUCAACUAAAAAGGCCGUAUUGGCAUGUGUUGCAAUGUUAAGAUUUCAUCAUUGAUAUAUAAACUAUCAGACUGCGUGGUCGGUAGUAGUGGGUUUCAGUAGGCCUUUAAAAUAAUUUCAUUUCCUCAAAAAUCGAAAGUGCGGCUUAUAACCCGGUGCGCCUGAUGUAUGGAAAAAUCCUGGCUGUGCUUACCGACCUCGAAGCUACGCUAUAUUGUCAAAAGUAUUUGGCCACCUGCCUUGAUUCACAUAUGAAUUUGAAGUGCCAUCCAAUUCCUAACCCAUGGGGUUCAAUUUGAUGUCGGUCCACCUUUUGCAGCUAUUACAGCUUCAACUCUUCUGGGAAGGCUGUCCACAAGGUUGCGGAGUGUGUUUAUUGGAAUUGUCCACCAUUUUUCCAAAAGGGCAAUGGUGAGGUCACACACUGAUGUUGGUCGAGAAGGCCCGGCUCUCAGUCUCCAUUCUAAUUCAUCCCUAAGGUGUUCUAUCAGGUUCAAGUCAGGACUCUGUGCAGCCCAGUCAAGUUCAUCCACACCAGAUUCUGUCAUCCAUGUCUUUAUGGACCUUGCUUUGUGCACUGGUGCACAGUCAUGUUGGAAGAGGAAGGGGCCCGCUCCAAACUGUUCACAUAAGGUUGGUAGCAUGGAAUAGUCCAAAAUGUUUUGGUAUCCUGGAGAAAUCAAAGUUCCUUUCACUGGAACUAAGGGGUUUAAGCCCAACUCUUAAAAAACAACCCAACACCAUAAUUCCUCCCCACCAAAUUUUACACUCAGCACAAUGCAGUCCGAAAUUUAUUGUUCUCCUGGUAACCUCCAAACCCAGACCCGUCCAUCAGAUUGCCAGAUGGAAAAGCGCGAUUCAUCACUCCGGAGAAGGCGUCUCCACUGCUCUAGAGUCCAGUGGUGACGUGCUUUACACCACUGCAUCCCACGCUUUGCAUUUGUCCAUGAAACUCCAUUCCAGGAAGUUCUCUGCGCACUGUAUGUGGGCUAAUUGGAAGGUCACAUGAAGUUUGGAGCUCUACAGGGUCUAGUAAGUGGCUGAGAUGCUGUUGUUCCCAAAGUCUUCCAUUUUCUUAUAAAUAAGCUGACAGUUGACUUUGGAAUAUUUAGGAGCGAGGAAAUUUCACGACUGGAUUUGUUGGACAGGUGGCAUCCUAUGACAGUUCCAUGCUGGAACUCACUGAGCUCCUGAGAGCGCCCCAUUCUUUCACAAAUGUUUGUAGAAACAGUCUUCAUGCCUAAGAGCUUGAUUUUGUACACCUGUGAUUAGGUCACCUGAUGGUCAUUAUUUGGAUGGGUGGCUAAAUACUUUUGGCAAUAUAGUGUAUUUUAUUUGGUACAAGGUGUAAUGAUAAGUGUGACCAGUAGAUGGCAGUCACACAUAAGAGAUACUUGUAGACUGCAAGAUGACGCCAGCAAAAACCACCAAAACUUUAAAUGUUCAUUUGAGAAUACAGACCAUUACACACGGCGCUCAAAAAUCUGUCAACAUGUUUUAGGAUGACUUUGGUAAGCUAUUAAGUGCCGCUUGAUGGAUUGACUAGUAAAUGUACUAGUAGUACGUCUGACCAGUAGUCAACAUACAAGUAUUAUUAUGGUGUGUGUGUGUAUAAGGAAAAUGGCACCUAUUAGCAGACAUAUUACCUGGCGUUUUGUUUCGCAAAAUUGUGGUACCUGCUGAUGUGUAUUUAGGAUCUGCAUAAGUCCUGAAAAUGUGCACGUGUCCGCCAUUGUAGUUCAUGCCGAUGCCUCAGUCGAUAAGCUUCUUCCUUUUCUCUGUCUUCUUAUGUGGCAUUCAUCUUCCGCUGUUGCCAUUUCUAAUAUGAAGUAAUGUACAGUUCUAACUUACAUCUGUCAGUAAACUCGCUAUGUAAGUGCUAAAAACUACCGGUGUAAUGACUUUACAUUAUUCACCCACGGAACUGUAGUUGUUAGAGCGUUCCGGUCGGAUGGUUUUUCACGGGACACAUUUCCGGCGUUGUUGUUGCACUAGUGAGUCAAGGAUGAGGAGAUGCUGCUCCGUUAUGGAUUUAUGUAGUCUGAAUGUCAUCACUACGAUGAGGUGGCAACUUGUCCAGCGUGUACACCACCUUCUGCCCAAUUGUAGCUGAGAUAGGCGCCAGCGCCCCCCGCGACCCCAAAAGGGAAUAAGCGGUAGGAAUGGAUGGAUGGAUGAAUGUCAUCAAAACAGUUAGCUCCAUCUUUUGACAAUUCUAAUACAGCAAGUGAAUAGAAUUCCUAUUUGAGCAUUGUCUCCAUCUCAAGGCCGAUGUUGGUAACAUUAUGGGAUACAAACCACUCACUCGAUUUACAAAAAAAAUUCCUUUCUAAACUGCUAUUUGGAACAAUCAAUACCAAAAAAGUAUAUGCAUUAUUACAACACCAUUAUAAAUGCUUAUCAUUCCCUUUUAUUUAUUUUACCGAUUUCCGCCUAUUCUUCGCCUUUGCUGGAUUGUUCAGUUGAGAGUUAUGAAUUCAUUAAUCUAUUAACUGAGAAAAAUUCCGGUUUAAAUGUUUUGUUAAAUUUUGUUAUUUUGCUAAAUGCCUGUUUUGAUUAUGAUGCAUUAAGCAGUGGGGAAGCUCAUCAAUACAUCUGUUUUACUUGGACUGACAGACACUAGCUCUUAUACUUUAGUAGUAAUUCAAAAUUAUAUAAUGCAAAAGAUAUAUAUACAUUGUAAAAUUUAAAAUUAAGUACAGUAGACUUUUUUUUUUUUUUUUUACAUUAUAUGAAUACGUUUUGGUUGGCAGAAAUAUUUGAAAACAGACAAAAACGUAUUUGUAAAAAAAAGUAAGUACAGGUUUUGUUUUGUUUUUAUAUUAUACCAAUGUUUUUUGGUUGGAAUAAAUAUUUUAUAAUGAACAAAAAAAAUAUAUAAUGCAAAAAAUUAUACUUUGUAAAAGAAAAGGUAAGUACAACACUUUUUGUUUUUAUAUGACAUCAAUGUGUUUUGGUUUGCAGACAUAUUCUAUAGUGAACACACAAUUGUACAGUGCAAAAAAGUAUAAUAUGUUUAAAAAAAAAAAUAUCAAAAAAAGGCCAGUUGAAGACAUUCUUUGUUUUUUAUAUUAUAUCCAUGUGUUUUGGUUGGUAGAAAAAUGUUAUAAUACACAAAUUAUACAGUGCAAAAAUUAUACUUCAUAAAAAGAUCAGGUAUUUUUGUGUUUUGAAUGGAAUAUUUUAUAAUGAACAAAAACUAUACAAUUCAAAAAAGUUACUUUUGUUAAAAAAAAAGGCAUAUACAAGAUAUUCUUUGUUUUUAUAUUGUAUCAAUGUGUUUUGGUUGGCAGAAUAAUGUUAUGAUGAACAAAUAUGGUGCAAAAAAACACAUUUAAUAAAAAUCUAAGUAUAUCUUUUAUAUCAUAUUGUGUUUUGGUUGACAAAUAUUUUACAAUGGAUAAAAAACUAUAUAAUGCAAAAAAAGUAUGAUAAAAGUGUUUUGGUUGGUAGGAAUAUUUUAUAAUGAAUAGAAAAAUAUAUAAUGCAACAAAAUCUACUUAGUAUAAAAAUAUAAGUACAAGAUAUUUAAAAAUAUUAAUGCAUUGUCAGAUUUUUAUAAUCAACAGGACAAAAAAUCUAGGAUGCAAAAAAAUUUGUAAAAAAAAACUAAAGAACAAUAUAUUUAUUUCUUGUGCAUUAUAUGAAUGUGUUUUGGUUGGCAGAAAUAAUUUAUAAUCAACAGUAAAAAAAUAAUAUUAUACUUUAUAACAAAGUACAAGAUAUUUGAAAUGUUUACAUUGUUUUUGGUUGGAAGAAAGGUUCCUUAUUUAAUAGAUAAAUCAUAUGUAUCCACCAUGUGGUUAAAGUACAAAUUAUACACACACAUACACAUUUAUAAAUAAAUGAAUAAAAAAGAACACUCACAACAACUCUUUUUACUUUUUUAUUGCUUAAACUGCCAUCUGGAACAAUCUAUACCAAAAAAGAAUAAACAUAUUUGCACAUAUAGAAGGUCAAACUGAAUACAGGGUAAGUAUAGAAAAAGAAUGGUCCUCUGUUCACCUUGCAGUUCAGCGCACUGCAGGCCCAAAAACCAACCCGCUUGAAGGUCGGGAACCGGCAGGAGUGACUGACAACUACUGUAAGCCCAGGGAAGGUCAGCUAAGGCAAACCGGGACGAUUGCAGCGUGGCUAAAACAUUUAAAACCGAUGCUGAUGUUGCAGCUAUUUACAUUAGUCUGACGUACACCUUUGUCUCUAUCAAAUGGAUGUUUCCUGUGGAGUGAGAUGAACAGGAAGUGACUAAAUCCACAAGGAUCGCCUGAAGGGGAGGGCAACAUGUGAAGAUAAUCAGCUAAAGAAAACACAAUCAUGUCCAACCAAGAUGACAACGCUGCAAUCAGAAUAAACUCUAACCUUUUCAGAAACAGCACUGAUGGGAAACAGACAGACAAUGAAGUGGGAGCGACGUUUGAUAGGCCAUCUAAAGAGUCAUGGGGUCAUAAAUCAAAUUUCCACGCUUCUGCACAAAGCUCCAGGGGGCCUGCUGCACAGUACUUUGUACAUACACUGCUAAUCAUUGUAUUGUGGAUGUUGAACAACAUCAUGCUUAAAAAAUAGAAAUAAAAAAAGCGCAGAGAGAAAUCACAAGCUGAUCCAGUUGGCAAAAAAGCUAAGUUUUAAAUAAAUAUCCGCACCAGCAACAUGUCUGAUGUCCUGAAAUAUGUUUCUAUACAUUUUAUCUACUUGGGACGGGGGGAGGGGAGGUUGGAACCCAUUUUUACACAAUACAAUUACAUACUGCUGUGUCAAUCAAUCAACAAGAAGCAUUUAUUUACUUUGUGGCACUGGACACCUAAAAUAGAAUUUAUGGAAAAAUAAGUGUUUACAAAAGACAGAGUUUUUAAAGAUCACCAUCACGCCAAACCAUAAGUUUAAUCAUAAUAAUAAUUGCGCUGAUGUUCAUCAACUAGAUUACAAACCGGAGCAUAAGAGUGACCAAGUUAUUUGGUGUGUACUAAAAAAACCCAAUACUGAAAUACACAAUACUUUUGAGUUUGUUUCCCCCACUUUUUUUUUUAAAGAUAUUUCUCCUCAAGGCAGUUCUUGUAGAGUUGUUCUAUUGAUUAGGACAAAAAGAGUUAAAAAAAAGAAAAAAAAGACUUCCUGUUUUAGGCGCCAAAUAAUAGGUAGCAUUUUCCUUCCACCUUGUUAUAAACAUUUGGCACCAGCCUGCGAGCUGCACACUAAAACCCGACUUUUUGGAUUCCUCAAUCUGGCUAUCAUCUUGUCCUACCGACCACAAGUUUCAACAUUUGGUCUUCUACGGUCACGCCUGCUGUGUGUGUCUGUGAUGGGACGGGCAGAACAAAUUAGUCAUGUGAGGUUUUUGAUUGUCCUGUCUUUUUUUAGAGAGCCCACAUCGAACAUCCUAGCCAUCUUUGCUCUGCGUUGCUUCGAACAAAGCGGGACCAGCAGCUAUAUGACAUAGGGAGCGUGAUGCAACUGUGCCUACACGGUAACGUUACAGCAGCUGGUACAAGCGCUG